CACUCGCUCUCUGGUGUUUGAGCGUUCUAAUCCUCAACUUAACCACUCUCUUCCUUUUUCAUUUCCCAUUUUCUGUUAAUCUCUCUCUCUCUCUCUCUCUUCCUGUGUUGCUGGUUUUGUUCUCUCUUAUCUUCCCUUCGUCCUCUGAUUUUCAGUUCCGGAUCCAGAAAUAUCACUGUUGGUUGAACCUCGAUGAGGAAGACGGAAGAAGAGUAAAGUGAAUUUCCAGUCAUGGACUCUUGAACGUCCAUGUUCUACUGUGCUUGCUAGGGGAAGUUGAUAUUCCCAGGAGAUGACAAAGCACCGGUUCAGGGAUUCUAUGAAGUCUAUAUUUGGGAGUCACCUUGAUCCAGAAACAGAAGAACGGCUGAAAGGAAGUAAAUCAGUUGUCCAGGACAAGGUGAAUAAAAUUAAAAAACUCUUAAGAGAUGAAGAUCUAGGAGUGGAAGACCAUGACCAAUCAGGAACUGGCAAAAAGCAGUCCGUUGAUGAGUUAAUUGAUGAUUUUCAUAAAGAUUACAAGGCACUCUAUGAACAAUACGACAGUCUGACCGGAGAUUUGAGAAGAAAAUUUCAAAAAAGAAAAGGAAAGGAAAGAUCUUCAUCUAGCAGUUCAUCCGACUCGGAUUCAGAUGAUUCAAAUGAUUCUCCAAAGAAUGAGAGAGAACUCCAAGAAGUUGGAGACAUCAAGCUGGAACUUGAAGCAGCACUUUCAGAAGUAGCCAACUUGAAAACGAUAUUGGCAACUACAACUAAAGAGCACGAAUCUCUAAAUUCAGAACACCUGACUGCUUUAAGUAAGAUACAAGAAGCAGAUGGAAUUAUUAGAGAUUUCAAGUUUGAAGCUGAGACUUGGGAUGCUCAGAAGUCCAAAUUUCUGCUUGAAAUUGAAGAUCUGAAACUGGCGUUGGGUAAUGCAAGUAAGAUUGAAGCUGAAUUGAAUGGGAUAAUAGAAGGUAUGGAAACAGAGAUGAAUAGAUUCAUUGAAGAAAAGGAGACUGCAAGGGGGAAGAUUGAAGGUGGGGAAAAAACUAUAGAGGAACUGAAGGAGAAGUUGUCAACCACAAUGGAAGAAAAGGAGACCCUACACUUAAAACACUUGGAAGCUUUAAACAAUAUACAAGAAGUAGAAAAGGUCAUAGGGGCCAUGAAGAUUGACGCUGAAGCAUUGGGUCUUGAAAAAUCUAAAUUUCUGCUCGAGAUCGAAGAGCUGGGUCAGAAGUUGAGUACUGCUGGUGAAAUUCAAUCUGAAUUGAAUGGGAGACUUAAAGAUAUUGAAACAGAGAAGGAAACCUUGAUCAAGGAGAAGGAGACUGCAUGGAGGAAAACUGAGGAGGGAAAUAAAAUUGUAGAAGAGUUAAAUGCCACAAUUGAUUCGUUGAGGAGUCAGUUAACAGCUUCUGUUGAAGACAAAGAAGCUCUGACCCUAGAACAUGGGACAGCUUUGAGCAAAAUAAAUGAAGCAGAAAAGAUCAUAGCAGACAUGAGGGUUGAAGCAGAAAGCUUGGGUGUUGAAAAAUCUGACUUUCUUCUUAAGAUUGAAGAGCAGAACCAGAAGUUGAGUCUUGCUGAAAAUUUAGAAGCAGAUUUGAAUAAGAAAUUGAAAGACUUGGAAAUGGAAAAAGGGAAGUUGGUAGAGGAAAAAGAGAUUGCCUUAAGAACGAUUAGAGAGGCCGAAAACGUUAAUGAAUUAAAUGCUGCGGUUGAGCAACUGAAGAGGCAAUUGACAGCAUCAAUUGAAGAAAAGGAAGCUCUGAACUUACAGCACUUGACAACUUUAAGUAGGGUACAAGAAGCAGAUACGAUCAUAAGAGAUAUGAAGGUUGAAGCAGAAACUCGGGAUGUUGAAAAAUCUAAACUUCUACUUGAGAUUGAAGAGCUGAAUCAGAAGUUGGGUGCUGCCGGAGAAUUGGAAGCACAAUUGAAUGAGAGAUUGAAAGAUAUUGGAAUAGAAAAGGAUAACUUGAUCAAGGAAAAGGAAGCUGAUAAGAGAACAAUUGAAGAGGGACAAAAAAUUAUAGAAGAAUUAAAUAUCCUGACUGAUCAGGUGAAGAGGCAGUUGACAGCUACGAUUGAAGAAAAGGAAGUUUUAAACUUGGACCAUGCGACAGUUUUAAGCAAGAUAAUUGAGGCAGAUAAGAUCAUAGGAGAUAUGAAGACACAAGCUGAAGCGUGGGGCGUUGAAAAAGCUGAUCUUCUGCUCAAGAUUGAAGAGACUAGUGAGAGGCUGAGCAAUGCUGUUAAGAUAGAAGCAGAACUCAAUGGAAGAUUGAAAGAUAUUGAAAUUGAGAAAGAUGACUUGAUCAAAGAAAAGGAGAUUGCAUGGAAGGAGAUUGAGCAAGGUAAAAAUGUUAGACAAGAGUUAAAUGUCUUGGUUGAUCAACUGAACAGCCAAUUGACAAUUACAGUAGAAGAUAAAAAAGCUCUCAACUUAGAACAUAUGAUGGCCUUAAGUAAGCUUCAAGAAGCAAAUGAAAUCAUAGAAAGUUCAAAGGUUGAGGCAGAAACUUGGGGCCUGGAAAAAUCUAAGCUGUUGCUUGAAGUUGAAGGGUUGAAUCAGAGACUGAGCUCUGCUGCCAAGUUAGAAACAGAACUAUAUGAAAGAUUGAACGACGUUGAAAUUGAGAAAGUCAACUUGAUGAAAGAAAGGGAGACUGCUUGGAGGAGAAUUGAAGAGGGAGAGAAAACUAUAAAGGAAUUAAAUGAGAUGGGUGAUCGGCUAAAAGAAGAAAAGAUGACCAUUUUCCAAGAAUUGGAAACAGCUCGAGGAGAAGUUUCUUUCUUGAAGCGGCAAAUUCAGUCUACAGAACAGCAGGCUGCAAACUUAACUCAUUCUCUAGAAGCUUCUGAGGAAGAAAAUAGAUUACUCAACUUAAAAAUUGUGGAGAUCUCAAGUGAAAUUCAAUUGGCUCAACAGACGAACCAAGAACUUGUGUCUCAAAUGCAAUUGUUGAAGGAGGAUUUGGGUAUGAGGGAAAGAGAACGUUCUACUCUUGUUGAGAAGCACGAAGUGCAUGUGAACGAAUUGUUAACUUGCGUAACUAUGCUAGAAGCUCAAGUUACACGGUUGGAAACAGAAUUGGAGUUAUUACAAACACGUGAAAAAGAUUUGUUUCAACAAUUGGAGAUCAAAGCAGCGGAAGCAAAACAAUUGGGAGAGGAAAAUAUUGGACUACAAGCCCAAGUUUCAGAGAUUGAAGUAUUAUUUAGGGAGAGAGAAAAUGAACUUUCUAUUCUCCGAAAGAAACUUGAAGACAGUGAAAAUCAAUCAUCAUCCAGCAUAGCAAAUUUGACUCUGGAGAUCAACCGCCUAUUAGAAGAGGUGAGUUCUUUACAUGCUCAAAAAGGUGAACUGGAAGAACGGAUGAUAUGCAGGAAUGAAGAAGCUUCAUUGCAAGCCAAAGGCUUAACAGAUCAGGUGGAGACGUUGCUGCAACAGUUGGAAUUCCAACAGAGCCAAAAAGUUGAUUUGGAGUUGCAACUAGAGAGGACAACUCGAAUGAUUUCAGAAUAUACAAUACAGAUACAAGAGUUUGAAGAGGAAAUAGUGAACAAGAAUUCGGAUCAACAGAGACUAUUGAAAGAGAAAGAAGAUUUAAUAGUACAAAUCAAGGAUCUUGAAUCAGCAUUUGACUCCUUAUGCAAUGAAAAGCGCGAAGUUGAGGAGAAACUAAAAAGUCAGGUGGAUGAGAACAGUCGAUUCAGGGAGGAAAAGUUUGAUUUGGAGAAGAAAUGUUCUGAAUUAGAAAGUACCUUGACAGAUAGAGGAGUUGAGCUAUCUACUCUCCAUGAGAAACACAGAGGUGUAGAGGCUGAAGCCUUGAGCCAAAAACUAAUCUUAGUGGCCCAGGUUGAAAAUCUGCAAGAGAAGGUGAAUUCUUUGCAGAAUGAAAAAAGUGAAAUUGAGUUUCAGGUUGAAAGGGAGAAAAAUGAACUUUUGGAUACCUUAACUCAAUUGGAAAAGGAGAAAGUUGAGUUGUUGAAUUCGAUUGCUGAUCACCAGAGAAAUUUGAAGGAACACGAGGAUGCUUACAAGAAGCUAAAUGAUCAGUAUAAACUGGUUGAAGAUCAGUUUGAAGAAUGUAAGCUAAAACUUGAUAAUGCAGAAAUGAAGAUGGCAGAAAUGGCCCAAGAGUUCCGCAAAGAUAUCAGAUCAAAGGACCAAGUGAAAAAUGACCUGGAGCUAAUGGUUGAGGAUCUAAAUAGAGAACUGGAAGUAAAAAGUGAUGAGAUGAAUCUCCUGGUUGAAAAUACACGCACGAUUGAAGUCAAGCUUCGGUUAUCAAACCAGAAGCUUCGUGUUACAGAACAAUUAUUAACUGAAAAGGAAGAGAUAUUCCGGAAAGCUGAAUUGAAAUAUUUAGAGGAACAGAGACUACUUGAAGAAAGAAUUCAUGGACUAUCUGCAACAAUUGUUGCUAACAACAAAGCGCACCAAGAGACAAUAUCCACUGUUUCAGAAAACAUUAACAGUAACCUCUCCCAACUGGAAUGUGUCUUCAGGAAACUUGAAUUGGACUACGCAAAGUAUGAGAAGUGUGUCAUUGAGACAUCCCACCAUCUACAGUUUGCAAAGAGUUGGGUCUCGAAAUCUAUUCGAGAAACAGAAAGCCUAAAGAAAGAGGUAGUAACCCUUGGCGAACAACUUCAAGAAAAGAGAGAGAGAGAAUCAAUAUUAAUAAAACAGGUUGAGAAGUUGGAGAAAAAGGCCAACAAGGAAGGAUCGGAGAAGGAAGGAUUGGUUCAAGCAAUCCAUCAGCUUGAAAAGAGACAGAGAGAAUUAGAGAAGAUGAUGGAUGAGAAGAAUGAAGGUAUGCUGGGUCUGAAAGAGGAGAAGAAAGAAGCGAUAAGGCAGCUUUGCAUUUUGAUCGAGUAUCAUCGUAGCCGCUACGAUUUCCUCAAAGAUGAGGUUCUAAAGUUGAAUGUUAAAGGAGGCCAGAGCGUAAGAUAGUAUUUAAAAGAACAAUGGAGAAAUCAUUCAAGAAAUUAGUUAUUUUCUUUUAGAAAAAUGCAAAAAGGCACGACACCCAUGGGGGUUGUGUCAUCCCUGCACAGAUACAUAAGCGUUUUGAGAUGCCAUUGGCAUUGGGUCAUGCAUAAUUGCAAGAUAGCCUUAAUUUUAUUCAAAAGAGAUUGAUUUGUGAUUGUAUAGGAAGACUUACAAUUGCAAGAAAAAUCCCUAAUUUUGAUUAGGAUUAGGGACAAAAGGAUUAGGCCUGUAGAGGAUGAUGUAGAUGCUGGAGAUGAAGACCUAAAGAAAGCUCGAGAGAUUAGAGAGUAUAAUAAGUAUUCUUUUAUCUUUUGUACAUUUAUGUUUGUAUUAUAGGAUUUGUUGUACAUUUUUGUUCUUUCGAUCCUAAAUCAAAACUCCUUCGUAAUGAGU